UCCUAAUAGGUUGAGAUUCAAACUGAUGCAGCACAUUUUUACGGGGGCUACCCAGAUUGCUGUUAUGAAAUACAAGUCAGAUUUAUGAUCUUUUUCAUAUUGAACAUGAUAUGCUAUGCUAACGCUGCAUGUGACAGUUUAAUCAAAUCCAUUUGUUACCAGGAAGCUGAAAGGGGCCGCUGGGAUUUUAGGAUUACGGGCAGAGUUAGGGAAGCAUGUGGCUUUGUCAUUCGCCAUCAUUUUGCACACUGCCACACUGCUAGGGGCUCCGUGUGUGCGCCGUGUCUUGUCUGGCCGCCCUCAUCCCUUCCCCCACCCCCUGCCGCCACUCCGACCCGCUCCCAAAGUGGCUUCACAAUAGUCGGUCCUCGGCGGUGUAGGCUGCGCACCAGGUCCACACGUGAGUCAAAUCAAGGAGACCCCCUUCUACUUCUACCUUUGGGCUUGGUGCUCAAUGCGAAGCUGCUGCGACUCAGGCACGCCUAAGUCAACUCAUGCAGAAAAAGGAGAAAAGUUUUGGUAUACAAAUGCUCUCAGUCCAGCCAGACACCAAGCCGAAAGGUUGUGCUGGCUGCAACCGAAAGAUCAAGGACCGGUAUCUUCUAAAGGCACUGGACAAAUAUUGGCAUGAAGACUGCCUGAAGUGUGCCUGCUGUGACUGUCGCUUGGGAGAGGUGGGCUCCACCCUGUACACUAAAGCUAAUCUUAUCCUUUGUCGCAGAGACUAUCUGAGGCUCUUCGGUGUAACAGGAAACUGUGCUGCCUGUAGUAAGCUCAUCCCUGCCUUUGAGAUGGUGAUGCGCGCCAAGGACAAUGUUUACCACCUGGACUGCUUUGCAUGUCAGCUUUGUAAUCAGAGAUUUUGUGUUGGAGACAAAUUUUUCCUAAAGAAUAACAUGAUCCUUUGCCAGACGGACUACGAAGAAGGUUUAAUGAAAGAAGGUUAUGCACCCCAGGUUCGCUGAUCUAUCAACAUCACCCCAUUAAGAAUACAAAGCACUACAUUCUUUUAUCUUUUUUGCUCCACGUGUAUAUAAGAAUUGACACAGGAACCUACUGAAUAGCGUAGAUAUAGGAAAGCAGGAUGGUUAUAUGGAAUAAAAGGCGGACUGCAUCUGUAUGUAGUGAAAUUGCCCCAGUUCAGAGUUGAAUGUUUAUUAUUAAAGAAAAAAGUAAUGUACAUAUUGCUGGAUUUUUUUGCUUGCUAUUCGUUUUUGUGUCACUUGGCAUGAGAUGUUUAUUUUGGACUAUUGUAUAUAAUGUAUUGUAAUAUUUGAAGCACAAAUGUAAUACAGUUUUAUUGUGUUACCAUUUGUGUUCUGUUUGCUUCUUUGUAUUGUUGCAUUUAGUACAAUCAGUGUUUAAACUUACUGUAUAUUUAUGCUUUCUGUAUCUACCAGCUAUUUUAAAUGAGCUGUAACUUUCUAGUAAAGAACUGAAGAGCAAAUCUCACUAAUGAUACACAGAUAGAUAAAGCAAGUCUAUCAACAUUAAAAGUACUAAAAAAUAAAGACACACACAAAGCAUUUUAGUGACAUCCACUACUUAUUGCCGCUAUGAUUUAGAGUCUAUCAGUGUUCUUGUUAUAACCCCCUAUUUUCAGGGGGUUAAAAAUCAGCUUUAAAAAAUGCAUAAAAAUUUCAUCUUAAAGCACUUUCAUUUUAUACCAACAUGAAAAGUGCCAUUUUUAGAAUAAAUUUAAAGCUUAACAGUUAUUCUUUUAAUAUCUUUUUUGUGUGUGUUCUUUACCUACACAACCGUUUUGUUUUGCGUUUUUCAGCCACACCCCCUUAUGUGACUAGUGCCUUUGGGUAUCAUGUAAAAUUUUUCCAAAGGGUUACUUUUAAAAAGUGUUACCACAAUUAGAUAAUUUUUAAAUGAUAAAUUUCCUGUAUAAAUUUUGCCCAGAUCUCUUCACAGGAGCUAAGGGUUUAAUAACUUUAUGGCUAAUAAAUGCAUGGCACUGAAAAGAUCUGAGUGUGAAUCUACUGAAAUCAUGAUAAUGCACAUUCAAGCUAUAAUGGUAUUUGAGUAGUGAGGUUUCUUUUGAUCAGAGCAACAUAAAGCUCAUAAAAUCUUCUAGAAGAAGAAAAACAAAGUGAUAAAAAACUGAGAAUUAGUGAUUGUAUAUUUUUUCUGUAUUUACCUGCCAUUUAUUUUAAUGCUUAAAAAGUGAAUACUCUAAUUUGAUGUAUCUUACUUUCUGAUUGCUUUAAGUAAUUACUAACUCAGAAUACAUUACACUUAGGCUGAAAUCUGCCAUUCCAUUUCUUGCCUACAUGAUAAGAGAUAAAGAAGAAAACUCUAGAAACAGAAAUUAUGGAGAAAGAUUAUUUAAAUUUCAAUUAGGGAAAUAAAAAUGAGAAUAUGAUCCGCUCUUCUGGGUCACCUACACUUUGAUUUUUUGCUUUUUACUCCCUGUAAUAGAACUUAUGAACAAAUUUAAUUCUGCACAGACACAAUGAACCAUAUUUUCACUACAGCAAGCUGAGUGCUGUGGGGUUUUGUUUCUCUGUAUUUUUUCUUGUUCACUUGUAUAGAAACAAUAUUUUCCAGUGUUAUUUGCAUAUAUAUUUUGUCCUGCCAAUAUAUGCAUUACAGAUGAAAAUUAAAUGUUAUACCUGAAUUCUUGGUUUGGGGCCAAAAUGUUAAGCUAAAAAUAAUGCUCGUGUGGAUUUGAGUUGUUUAAAACAAAGCUUUAUUAUGAACAUGCAUGUGAACCUGGAUAUUGCCUCUUAUUUUUAAGAAAAUGGUUCUGUGAAAAGUGAAUGAUAUGUAUUUUUACAAAUACUUCAUGGUUAAGAGUCUUGAAGUCACAUGUCCCCCAAAUUUGAGAUAUACUAAAGAAAGAAUUUCAAAAGUAGCUAUUUGGGACCCACAAAAUAACUAUGAUUUUAGUCUUAGAACCUUAUAGUUGUUUCGUGAAGAGGAAAGAUUUACAUAAAUAAAAACAAAGCAAAACAAAAUAAAAAUGGGAAUGGGGGAGAUAAGUGAUAAGUUACUUGAAAUUCAUGUGAAUGUAAAAUUUUAAUUGUCACCACCAUUUUCAAAUGAUCUUUUUAAUACUUAAAUGGUUUUGCAUAUAUUUAUCUAUAUGUCAAAAUACAUGUAAAUUGGGAACAAACAGAAGCUGUUCAACUAUCCUUGCCACCAGAAGAUCAAACAAGGUUUUCACUACUUUUUCUUUUACUUAAUACUUGGAGAAUUAAUCCUGAUGCUUUUUACUACAAACAAAAUUACUCACCUGGAUUACAGAUUAAGGCCUUAAUCUGUUUAGAUUAUCUUUAAUCUCCAUGAAAUUGUGAAACAAGAUGAGAAUAAUUGUUCAGCUGUAGGUCAUUUUACAGUUAAUUGCCCAUAAAUAGUAGCCUUUUUUGACCUGAAGUACUAAGCUAAUUGUCUUGACUACUCAAAGCCCCUGAAUUGUUGUCAUCUUUCCUCUUUGUGUUGUAUAGCCCUGAUGUCACUUAGCUUGUUACCUGAUGCCUCCAGGAGGACACCUCAGAGGGAGCUUUAAUUUCUGAAGCAGCACAAGCUCCCUCCCUAAGAUGCAUCUCACAUAGGCUUCCUAUGAUGAAGGACCAGCCACCUCCACUCCGCCAGAGUGCUAACUGAGUUUAAAAGCUGACCUGUGUUUGUAAUUUCACUUUCAUCUUGCUUAAUAAAUAUCUGCUGAAUUCUUUCAUUCA